AUGAAAUCAUUGACCAUGCUGAGGAACAAAGUCUUCACCGCUCUCCAGAAAACAUAUGAUGAGAGCUACUUGAGUUGCUCGACAGCUGUCUACUAUGAGGGCCAGGGUGACGAAGCAGAGGCGAUGCGCCAUUGGAGAAACGCGCUCGAACAGAUAUACGAGCAUCAAGCAGUCAGGCCAGUUCCCAGCCGCGAACCUCAAACAGACACAGAACGAGCUCUUUUCGAGGCGCUGAAACAACUUGAACUUCAAUGCAAGGAGAGAAUCGAUCUCUUGGAGGCACUGCGUGUUUCACGGGCGGGAUUGCCGGCAAGGCUUGCUGCAAAUAAACCUCAUGAUGUAGUCGCGAGUGUGCAGAGCUCCAAAGGAUCUAUCGGACAAGGAACCAUCCCAGCUGUGACAUACUCAGAGCUGUCACGCCCUACACUGCCAAGAAGGCCAGCGCCUCCCGCUCGUUCUCCUUCUUCACCAGGACAAGCAGAACCGUCCAGCCCCAGCGGCUGUGCUAAAAACUCAAGGGCCGGCGUAGCGCCAGACAAAAAGCCGACAUCACAAUCGCCCAGCGUAUCAACCGAGUCGGUCAAGACGCUGCGUUCUCCGAGCCCGGACAAGCACACUUUGAGAACAACCUUGCGUUCAGGAAGAUCCAAUGACAAGCCAAAUAGAGCCAUGCCAAAACCUUCGAGGCAAGCAGUAGACGGGCCGAGUAAAGCAGCAACGCUGGCCUGGAGCGCACUAACGUCGCGUGACCCGCUCCUCAGAGCAUCUUCUUCAGCAGAGGGUCCUCCAUCGCUACUUAGCCCGCGACAAACCACAUGCCAGCAAAGGCCUUCAACGUAUCCAUUGCAAUGGGAUAGUCAUUCUAGGCGACUCGUCACAUCCCGGGAAUCCGAACACCCUUCACAUGACCCUGAUUCAAACGUUCCAUCCCGUCACCAUUAUGAUGACUAUGCAAGAUCCAAGUCCGCCAAACUAUCCAUCUCGGCAGCCUCGAGUGCUCUGAGCUUAUCAUCCAAUCAACAAGCUUCUGAUUCGAAUGAGUCACUGACCAGGUCUAAAAGUGCCGGUUCCUCUCGUGAAGCUUCGGCCUCUGUAUCGCUCGCGAGUAAAUGUAGGGACGAACCAGGCAGUGGUACAUUGCCUUUCGGCGAUGCUGGAAAAGACGUCGAAAGAAGGCACCUAUCCCAAGAUCUGACGAAGCGAAAAGCCGUAGCCAAUCGACCGGCGAAAACUGCUCAGCAUCUCUCCAGAGGCAGCAUUACGCCGCAGGGAGGUGACUACCGACAGCAUGGUUCUCCAAACCAGGCGUUGACAGACAUUUCUUCCAGCGAGCACGGCGUUUCGGCAGCCCAGACGUCGUCUUCCAAGUCACAUCGAGCGAAGCCCAAGGACGUGGUCGCAAAGCCGAUUACGCAAUCUCAACCAUCAGACAAUGCAGAAUCCGACGGCGGUGCAAAGGAUAUGAAUUGGAAGAGAAAGAAACUAUCAAUCUUGAAGAAUCUACCUCCUGGUGUUGACGAAGGGGCAGCAAAGCAAAUCCUCAACGACAUUAUUAUACAAGGCGAUGAGGUUCAUUGGGACGACAUAGCUGGAUUGGAAAUCGCCAAAAAUGCUCUCAGAGAAACCGUGGUAUACCCCUUUCUCCGCCCAGACUUGUUCAUGGGACUUCGCGAACCAGCCAGAGGCAUGCUACUGUUUGGCCCCCCCGGGACCGGUAAAACAAUGCUGGCCAGGGCAGUCGCCACUGAAUCCAAGUCCACAUUCUUCUCCAUCUCGGCCAGCAGCUUAACGAGCAAAUACUUGGGGGAGUCAGAGAAGCUCGUUCGCGCAUUGUUUGGAUUGGCCAAAUCGCUGGCACCGAGCAUCAUAUUUGUGGAUGAGAUAGAUUCCCUGCUGUCACAAAGGACCGGUUCAGGAGAGCAUGAAGCAACAAGAAGGAUCAAGACGGAGUUUCUCAUACAGUGGAGCGAUUUACAACGAGCGGCAGCAGGGAAAGAGGCCUCAGAUAGGGAUAAGGAACGCUGCGAUGCAAAUAGGGUCCUGGUACUUGCUGCGACCAACUUGCCUUGGGCGAUUGAUGAAGCAGCGAGACGUAGAUUUGUUCGACGGCAGUAUAUCCCCUUACCCGAGCCGCAUACGAGAGAGUCGCAGUUACGGACGUUAUUGGGACAACAAAAGCACGAAAUCUCAGCAUCGGACAUUAAGAGACUAGUGGAAUUGACAGACGGGUUCUCUGGAUCGGAUAUUACGGCAUUGGCGAAGGAUGCCGCAAUGGGCCCCUUGCGUUCAUUAGGGGAAGCAUUGCUUCACAUGACGAUGGAUGAUAUACGACCUAUCCGUCUCCUCGAUUUCGAAUCAAGCCUAAGCACGAUACGGCCCAGCGUCAGCAAGUCUGGGUUGAAGGAGUACGAGGAUUGGGCUCGGGACUUUGGCGAAAGGGGAGGCUAG